CGCCGGUCGGUUGGUGGCGCCUUUGUCCUACGGCGGGCAGGUGGGCUGAGGUGGAGGCGGCAGGGGCGGGCCUGAGGCGAAGGAGCGGCCGGGAGCCCGCCGCGCUGGUAGCGAUAUUAAUAAGGCAGCGGAAAGAAGAAAUAUGAAUACGGCUCCAUCAAGACCCAGCCCCACACGAAGAGAUCCAUAUGGCUUUGGAGAUGGUCGAGAUACAAGACGUGAUAGAUCCCCAAUCCGAGGAAGUCCAAGGAGAGAGCCCAGGGAUGGCAGAAAUGGCCGGGAUGCCCGUGAUAGCAGAGCCAUGCGAGACCCCCGAGACUUGCGGGACCACAGAGAUACCAGAGACAUUCGGGAUCACAGAGACAGCCGAAGUAUGCGUGAUGCUCGGGACAUGAGAGACCUUAGAGACUUUCGUGAUCUAAGAGACUCUAGGGAUUUUCGAGAUCACCGGGACCCCAUGUACGACAGAUACAGAGAUAUGAGAGACUCCCGAGAGCCCAUGUACAGGAGAGAAAGCUCUUAUGACCGAUACCUGCGAAUGGAUGACUAUUGCAGGAGGAAGGAUGACGCUUACUUUGACCGCUACAGAGAUAGCUUUGAUGGACGAGGCCCUCCGGGCCCAGAAAGUCAGUCUCGUGCAAAAGAGCGUUUGAAACGUGAGGAACGGCGUAGAGAAGAACUUUAUCGUCAAUAUUUUGAGGAAAUCCAGAGACGUUUCGAUGCUGAGAGGCCUGUUGAUUGUUCUGUGAUUGUGGUCAACAAGCAGACUAAAGAUUAUGCUGAAUCUGUGGGCCGGAAGGUACGAGACCUGGGCAUGGUAGUGGACUUGAUCUUCCUCAACACAGAGGUGUCACUGUCACAAGCCUUGGAGGAUGUUAGCAGGGGCGGGUCUCCUUUUGCUAUCGUCAUCACCCAGCAACACCAGAUUCACCGCUCCUGCACAGUCAACAUCAUGUUUGGAACCCCUCAAGAGCAUCGCAACAUGCCCCAGGCAGACGCCAUGGUGCUGGUGGCCAGAAACUAUGAGCGCUACAAGAACGAGUGUCGGGAGAAGGAACGUGAGGAGAUUGCCAGACAGGCAGCCAAGAUGGCCGAUGAGGCCAUUCUGCAAGAAAGGGAGCGCGGAGGUCCCGAGGAAGGAGUGCGUGGGGGGCACCCUCCGGCCAUCCAAAGCCUCCUCAACCUGCUGGCAGAUAAUCGGUACCUCACUGCGGAAGAGACCGACAAGAUCAUCAAUUACCUGCGGGAGCGGAAGGAGCGCCUUAUGAGGAGCAGCACCGACUCUCUGCCUGGCCCGAUUUCCCGUCAACCACUCGGGGCGACCUCGGGUCCCUCGCUGAAGACACAGCCAAGCUCCCAACCGCUCCAGAGCGGCCAAGUGCUCCCCUCUGCUACACCCAGUCCAGCUGUACCCCCCACCUCCCAGCAGGAGCUUCAGGCCAAAAUCCUCAGCCUCUUCAAUAGUGGCACGGGUGUGGUCAAUAGCGGCUCUGCAUCCCCCUCAGUCGUUGCCGGAAACACCCAGAACCAGAAUUUUUCCACAGGAGUGAACAGCCAGCCUCAGCAAAGAUCACAGGCCUCUGGCAAUCAGCCUCCAAACAUUUUGGGACAGGCAGGAUCUGCUCGGAACAUGGGCCCCAGGCCUGGGGCUCCUUCCCAAGGGCUCUUUGGCCAACCUUCCAGUCGCCUGGCACCUGCCAGCAACAUGGCUAGCCAGAGGCCCGUGUCUUCCACAGGUAUCAACUUUGACAAUCCAAGUGUACAGAAGGCUCUGGACACCCUGAUCCAGAGUGGCCCUGCUCUCUCCCACCUGGUUAGCCAAACCGCAGCACAGGUGGGGCGACCCCCGGCCCCGAUAGGAUCUUACCAGAGGCAUUACUGAGGCUCAGUCUCUCAACUACCCCCAGUCCCUUCAUCCCCUGGCCUCCCACCUACUGCGUUCAAAUAGAGUUAUUUGGAGGAUGUUUUCUGCGCCUCUCCAGGUCUACAUCGAAUGUUUCUACCACCUGCUCUCACUUCUGCCCGAGGCUGUGUUGCUUAUUCCUUCCAGAGUCAGAGUUUAUACUGCAUUUGGGGGUGUAUCUUUUCUUGUUUUUGUUUUUUGUUUUGUAGAAAAUAAAUAUCUCUGGGGUCACUUGGGCAGUA